AUGAAUCGAAAGCGAUUACCUAUAGGUCCACUCGAAAAAGAUCACAGUCCUUUUGGGCUUGAUCCAAAUAAAGAAAUGAUAGCUGGAAAAAGCGCUGAGAACAAGAUCAUAGGUCAAAUGAACUAUAUUCGCAUGUAUCUUGCUGGGAAACUUAUGUUCCCACCGGACACAACAGAAUACCCUUUUGAGUUCAAAGAUCUGGAAGAAUUAGGACCACUGGGAAACGGCAGUUUUGGCACUGUUAAAAAGAUGCGACAUAUUCUUACCGGAACGUUAAUGGCUGUAAAGCGAGUUCGUAUAGUCAGUUCUGGAGUAGAUGAUGUUGCUAGCUGUCGGUCUAUGAAGCGGCUUCAACAAGAAGUUGACGCUAUAAAAUCUGCCAGUAACUGUAAACAGAUUGUUCAAUUCUAUGGAAUCACAUUUCAUGAGGGAGACGGUUUAGUGUGUAUGGAGCUUAUGGAUAUAUCCUUAGAGCGGCUUUACACUACCGUACAUAGUUUGGGCUACGAAGCCUUCGAUGAGAAUACACUGGGAAGCAUAGCAAUAAACGUUAUUAUUGCUUUAAAUCACAUGAAGAGCCAACAUCACAUCAUUCACCGAGAUGUAAAGCCUUCUAAUAUACUGCUAAAUAGAAAAGGCGAAGUGAAGCUUUGUGACUUUGGCAUUUGUGGAUAUCUCCAGGAUUCGGUUGCCCAAACACAGGAUGCUGGUUGCCGGCCCUAUAUGGCGCCCGAGCGACUAAUUGCUUUUUCAACAGGCUAUGACAUCAGGUCGGAUGUCUGGUCCCUUGGGAUAUCAAUGGUUGAAGUAGCAAAUUUUGCGUUUCCAUAUCCGGGAUUUACCUCAGCACCACUAUUCGCCCAAUUGGAUCUUGUUGUACACGGGGAUGCACCUAUGGUUAAUAACCCACACUAUUCUACUGAUACAAAAAAUUUCAUUCAUUACUGUCUUACAAAGGAUCUGAAUAGCCGGCCAACGUUCACGGAUUUAGAAAAAACGCCUUUUUACAAGCACUACAAUUCAAUGGAAAAUUUGAAUGUGCUGGUAGGGGAAUAUGUGGCCGAAAUACUGGACAAAAUUGAGUCACUCUGA